AUGGACGUGGGGUUUCAUGUGCCGGCCUUGCUGACUUUUACCCUGAAGACUUGUGAGAAGGUCGCGCGCGCAAGGCGUGGGCUCUUGCCCCAACUUAUCAAGGAGCUAACAGAUGAACGGCUGCAGAAAAGGUUGGGCAGGAGCCUGAGAUGUCCAGAGUUGGUGCAAGCACUGGUGCGAUUUGCCACAGAAGCAGACUUGCACAAGUCAGAGCUUUGUGCUGGGUUGGAUGCGGCUGGUGCGCUGGUCAUUGAGAGACUGAUGAACGUUUGCCUGCGUCAGAAGGCAACAAAGAAUCAGAAGAGCUGUCCAAGGGGGCACCCGUUGCAAGAGCGCCGUCUUCAAGCUGGCUCCUGCGACGGCUGUUUCUGCCAGCUUGAUGUUGGACAUGGAUGUCCCAAGUGCGACUUCGACUUGUGCGAUGCAUGUGUUGCCAAGGAUGUGGACUUCCACGCGAUGGCUUUACUUACGUUUAGCCGCAAGACUUGUGCGAAGAUUGCCGGCGCGACGCAGAAUCCGGAUCACGUGGGCAAGCUGCUGGAAGAGCUGGAAAGACCUCAUCUUGCCCUUUUUGGCCCAGAAUUUGUGCAAGCUCUUGUGCGCUUUGCCACUGAAUCAGAUGCUUGCAAGUCAGAGCUUUGCAAUGGAUUGGGUGCGUCUGGUGGGCUGGUCAUUGAGAGACUGAUGAACAUGAAGACUUGCAUGGAGGACAGAGCUCAUCCGCCGCAUGACUCGAAAGUGAACCCCGACCAGGUUCACGUGGACUUCUCCAAGGAGUUAGGCAAGGGUGCCUGGACAGUCGUACGUCCGGGGCAGUUUGACGGGCACGCGGUUGCGAUCAAGAUGGCCCGGAGAAGUGAGAGGGAGCUCAGCAAAGAAAUUGCCAUUCUUCAGAACUUGAGCCAUGACCACGUGGUUCAGUUUUAUGGUGCCUGCUCCAAAGACGGCAGGCUCAUUGAAGUGCUUGAGUUGUGUGCCCGAGGAUCCUUGGAAGGGGUGCUGAAGCAGGAGCCUGCUGCGCAGCGAGUAUGGCGAAGGUGCAGAAUGGCCGUGGAUGUGGCAGCUGGGGUUUGCUACCUUCAUGGCCAAAGGGUUUAUCAUGGUGACCUAAAGCUUGCCAACGUCCUUGUGAGUGAGGAUUACACUUGCAAGUUGGCAGACUUCAACUUGUCUCAAUCCGUUCCCGAGGGCAGGGAUACGUUCGCAGUUCGUGGAGGCACUGUACUUUACAUGUCUCCUGAAGUAUCCCAAGGGAAGCCUGCCAGGUUCGCAUCAGACAUUUACAGCUUGGGCUUGUGUCUUUUCGAGAUACUGACUUUGCAGAACUAUGCGAGUUUGGUGACUGGCAUGGGGGGGCACGACCUCCUACGGUGGCUCAGCAAGGGGCAGAUGAAAGUCGAUCUCGAUCGCAAGGACUGGCCUGCAGAAUUUAUACCUGCGCAGGAGAUGGUGAACCAAUGCACGGACUAUUCCCCGUUGAAGCGGCCCUCUGCUUCUGACAUCCUUGUUGCCCUGAAGUCUCUGGACCCAUGUGUUCCUGCAGCUCGUACUUCAGCGACUGCUUCAAGUGCCUGCCCUAGCCAUGCUCAGCGUCUGGAGAUCUCCUCUGGAUCUGCGGCCUCUUCAUCCACCUGCGCGUCGCUCAUGACCUUUCCAGAAUCCCAGGCCUUGCUGGCCCGUCCUGGCCGUCCGUCUGAAAAUCUGCAGGUACCCGAGCCGCAGCUGCAGGUUGGACAGUUCGCUAUGAUCAUUGAUCCCUCACACCCUGGUUCGGGGUGCAUUGCGAUGCUCAAGCAAUGGAACCCUGAUUCUGGGAAGUGGCUUGUUCAAGGUGGCCCUCGACAAAAGGCCUGGCUACCACCAUGCAGUUUGCAACUUGUGAGGAAUUUUCGACUGCCUAGGCUGCGCCCAUGUCACUACCAGACCUGCUUGCCUCUGAAGCCGUCGCGGAGACGGCCGCUGGCAGAUGGCUCAAUGGGACGUUUGGCUGGCCAGUGCAGGAUUGAAGAACUCCAGGACUCGGAUGGCAAAGACAAGGAGCUACCUGCGAUUAUGGAGGAGCCAAGUGAAGACGAGCCUGACUCACCCAGGCUCACUUCGAAGGAUGAUGAUGCUGACGACGGCAGCGACGCAACCUCUGAGCUUAGCCAUUUCUCCACGCACUCCAAAUUCAACACAGCAAGCAUGCUGGAGGAUUGGAAGAUCUCCAAAAGCAAGGGUCUUGACAUGGAUGCAGCGUGCGACGCCCCAGGCUUUCAGUAUUGCUUCGACUUCCCAUACCACCAUGGCAUAAAGCAUGGUGAGGUCUCUUUCUUUGAUAUUCGGGAUGUCGCACUUGCACAGAUAACUGAUUUUCGUCACGGAGAUCGUUUGGAGCGCGAUGGGCGGUACUUCACGGUCAUUGGAGUGAAGCUGAAUGAAGAGGGCAGACCGCGAAUGUACACCCAAGCGGACGAAGAUGCCGGAGCAGCUUUCCAUGAAGGUGACUUUUCACAAUUUCGCAAGGUGGGCACUUUGAAAGUGACUCCAGCAGAGGCAAGGUCGACCGCCUCAUCUGAGCAGUACUUGCUCAGUCAGAUGGACCGGAUGCUUACAAGACUUGUUCAGAAACGCAGGCUGGACUUGUCUGGUCGCAAGAAGGUCGCAGAGAUGAGGCAGCUGCUAAAACGAAACGGCUCUGGAGAGCACAGCAGUACAAGUAAUCCUCCCUCUGGCCACCUCGAAUUGCAGCCUGAUUUCCCUGUCAAGCUGCAGCGGAACAAAAGAGUGGUGGUUUGCGACGUCCGGCCAGAUGUGUGUCAGCGCUUUGGCUACUCUCAUGGGGACUGGGUAUUGUAUGACUCUGACUCGGGAGCGAAGUGGCUCGUGGUGAUCGGUGUGUGCGACACCGAAGGGAAGCCUGCUUUGCUGCUGUGGCGUGACGGGGCGUCAGGUGCGGGCAUUCUGGAUCCCUUGCCAGCAGACAUGAAGGUCCUGAAGCGAAUUGACCCUCAAGAGGUUCGCCGUCACUUGGGAUCAUCCAGUCCCCCGUCAGCCAGCAACUUUACUUUCAAGUUCAUGGCUGAUCAGGAUGCCCCAGUCGUUCGGAAGUUCGAUGCAUCAGCUCAAGCUUGCUCAGCCUUUGGCUUCCAGUUUGGAGAUAUCGUAGAGGACAAGAAGGGGAAGGUGUACACCAUCAUUGGUGUCGGUCGGCCAGCAGCAGGUCGCCAGUGGCGCAAGUUGGAUCGUACUCGCCUGUGGGCUCUUCAAUCUGGUGGCAAUGGAGCGCAGCCCCUCAGAGUUGACUGUCAUGUCCGCUUUGUCAGACGGGGUCCAGAACCAAGAGAACUUGGCCCGCUUGGAUCUUUGGAUUGCACCUUCCCCUAUCCAGUUCGCACGCGCUCCCAUCUUCAGAGAGCCUGCAUGUUCGACAUCCGACCCGAGGUGUGCUUCAAGCUUACCAAUGUGCCAGGCCUCCAGCACGGCGCGCAAGUUCAAGACCGAAAUGGGAGAACAUUCUCAGUUGUCGGCGCAGCUUAUCAUCGUGGUCGUCCACAGGUCUGGUUUCAACGCGAAGGCGAGGUCGGAGCAACCGUGUUCCAGAAGCCUUCCAGCGUGCGCAGCUUGACGAUUGUGGGUGGAAUUGCAUCUCUGCUGCCAAGUGCCGCAGAUGUGCCAACCAUUUCAAUGGAGAGCACCUUGGACUGGGACAAGGCAUGUGACAGCGAUGAAGAGGAGCCAAUUGCAGACAUCAAGGGGUUGCUGGGUUCAGACGUCAGCACAACAAAGUUCAUGAAGGCGUUGGAAAGGGCAGUAAAACACAAAAGGCGCAGACCAGAAAGGGAGCCGUUGGAGAAGCGCUUGCGCUCAGCCACCCUGAACAGGGAAGACAGUGUCAAGCGCCUCGAACACGGUGGCAUUAAACCGGGUGAUCGGGUCAGAUCCUCCUCAGUUGGCAAGACAAGCUGCAUUGGCAUUGUCAAACACAUUGAAGGGGGUGUCUUUCGAGUUGAUUCGCUAGAAGAAUCAGGGCAGCGGGUGCGUACAUGGCAUGCAAAGCUUGAAGAGCUACAGAAAGAUGAGGAAGCCAACCUUUUGAGGCCAGGCACCCUCGUGAAGCUCCGCCGAACGGUGCAGGAGCCAAGGUUCGGAUGGGGAGGUCUUUCCCAUGACGACGUGAUCGGAGUCAUUCAGAAGGUGGAGAAGUGCGUUGUGUCCGUGAAUGUGGGUUACAGCAGCAGGUGGCAUGGAACGCUGGACGAGUUUCAGGUAUUCAAGCCCUCUGACAGCUUGCAGGUGGGCUCUCACAUCCGGCUCAAAGACCCUGACCGCGUACCUAGAUAUGGAUGGGGGGAGCACGAAAUGCACGAAGCCGUUGGCGUUGUAGCCAAGAUUGAGGAGGAGGAGAUAAAGGUGAACUUUCCGGAUGCGGACGACUGGAAGUGCAAAGUUGAUGAGAUCCAGGUGGAUCUCGCAGCCAACAGGAUUCGACCGGGGCAAAUUGUGCGAGUGCGGCAGGAGAUCUUGAUCCCGAAGUUUGAGUGGGGCGGUGUCAACCAUUCCUCAUUUGGAAUUGUGGAAUCCGUCACCCACGAUGGAAUCGCAGUCGUCGACUUCCCCAGCUGCUGCCGUUGGCAUGGCCUCGUUUCAGAGCUUGAAGUUGAAGCAGAGUUCCCACAGCCUUUGAGGAGAAAACGGGUAGCGCUAGUCAUUGGGAAUCACACCUUCAAAGACAAGAAAGCCUAUCCUGCCCUGGAUGGUGUCUUGAACGAUGCCCGCGCGACCGAAAAGAAGUUGAUCGACCUGCGUUUCGAUUAUGUAUUACCUGUGAUGAACAUGUGCCGCAGAGAUCUAGACUCCUUCUUGCGACAACUUGAGCAACAAGUGGUCGACGGCAGCAUAGUCCUCAUUUACUUCGCAGGUCACGGAGAAGAGGAUCAGCAGAGCGUGGUACUUCCUGGCCAUGAUUCAGACAGCAGAGAUCGUGAUUCCAAAAUCGACACUGACCUAAUCUUCAAUGCUGUGGCGCAGUGGUCUUCCAAGGACUUGUUUGUUUGCUUCGUUCUAGACUGCUGCCGCUUGAAGUCGGAUGAUUGCGGCUCAUCCAGCAGACUCACUGCCCAAGCGCCGAUCCCCGAAGACAUCGGUUGGAACCAGUUCUACUGGGUUCAUUCUUGCCAAAAGUUCAAGGCUGCUUUUGAGAAGGAGCAUGGAGACUUCAGCAGAUGCUUCCUGCAAUUUCUGGGGGAAGACCUGUCUGUGCAGCAACUCUUUGAACAAGUCACCCAACAGCUUGAAAAGCAUGGCAGGCGACAGCGGCCUCAGAUCUUGCAAGAAGGGCAUGAAGCCUCGCGCAUCAAACUGGCAUCUGCCAACAACAUCUACCGCCCAUCUUCCUUGGCUGCCCAGGGUGUAAUGACACCAGGAUCAUCCGAUGGCUCCGUUGGGUCAGGGUCAGAGCACGUCAUGGACAGGGUGGAGCGUUUGAAGGAUUCCAUCCAAGAAGGAAAUCAACGAGACAUCAUUGACCACUUGCACGAUGUUCGGGAGCUUCUGGGCUCCAAGUUGUUUGAAGCAGUGGAAAACGCAGUCCUUCAAGGGGAUGAUCCGCUUAUGUAUGCAGAUGGUUUGGGCCAAUGGGAGCUGCAGAUGUUCAGAACCAUUUUCACUGCUCCUGACAUCCAGCCUGCUCAUGGCCCCUUGUCUCAGCAGCCUCGGGGAGUUCCACAGCAACAUGGGCGCGUGAAGUGCAGCGUCCCUGAUUGCGUGCUGCGCCUGUCGCAGGUGGUGCGAAAUUUCAUCCCGGGAACUGCCGACAGAGGGUGCAAGGCGAUGAAAGGAGUUCUGAUGGACAUGGAGCAAGCACUGAGUCCAAGACUCUUGUUGGCCAUCAAAAGCGCACUAUGCCACCACUGGAUAGCCAAGUGGAGGCAACCGAAGCAAGUGCAACACCAAGUUCUGCAUGCCGAUAGCUUGGUUGCAGACGCCGGGCCGACAGUGCCAGAGGGGGCCUUUGAUGACAUGGAGUGCUGGGUCGGCCAAAAGUUGUUGCCUGACCUGUUUGACGACAGCUACUGUGCCAAUCUUGCUUUCAUCCUGAAGCUUGUUCAAGAAAAGAACCCCUCGGCCACACGGCAGGUCGCCCUAGCCCAGGCAGUAUGGCAGGAUCCAGUCCUGGCUUUGAGCAAAUGCUUCGUGUCACUGAUGACCGACAUUUUCACUGGAAAGUGUCAAGUCAUGGAGGAUACAGCGUCCCAGCGUGGAUUGGCUUUCGCUGAGGCGGAGAUCUUUCAGAAUAUUUUGGAGUUCAGCGACAAGAACAAGGAGUCUUUGCUGAAGUUCAUACCAGUUCCAGAAUGUGUGCAUCGGCUGGGUACUUUGGUCUCGGAGCCUUUGCUGGCCUUGUGGCAUUCUCAACUUGAAGGCGGUGUGGUGAGCAACAACGUGGCGGAACUCCUGUCCAUUUGCCAGCGGUUCGGCUGGAACUUGCCUCUCGACAUGAUCGUCAGUGGUUGCACGGACAAGGACGUGCUCAUGCAAGACUUAGACCAGGCUGAGAGUCACCUCGUUUCGUUCAUAGUAAGCCUACUCGAAAUUCAAUGA